AGCAUCUCAUGGCCACGUCUACCCAGACAUACGAAAUCUCCAGGAAGAAGCAGGCUUCUUCAUACUUCCACGCACUCGGGCAUUAUAAAACCGGCCCCGACGGAGGCGGAGACACGAGCUGGCCAGAUUGUGUAUGCAACGGAAGGAGGAUUCAUUGAUUCACGGCUCGGCAAGCUGGAUUUGGAAAGAGGCUGUAUCGCGAGAGGAGCAUUUAACAAUUCAGGAAGCCAAAUAUCCUUUUCUUGUGAGGCAGAGAAUGAGAAGAAUACUCAUCUCAAACAUCUUGAGGGAGAAGAAAAAGGGGUAAUUCCGGUAAAAGCAGUUCUCCCAGUGUAUAACAGCCAUGAAGUUGAGGUCAAUGGCUGUCAAGGGGUGGUUCACGUUGCUUCUGUCACACAUAACCCGGUUCAAAUAAUGGAGCCUGCUGUAAGUGUUGCAAAGGAUGAUCUGGAUGUGGUUGCAGAGAACAAGGUACGCUGUGGGUCACCUACACAUUCUAGUGGGGCAGCUGCAGUAUACAUGGACCCAAAGAGGGGUUAUCAAUCAGUUGAUGAUAAGAGUUGCAGGAGCAACCCUGUUUUCUUUGAGGAUUCUAAGAAUAUGGUGUCGGAUGAGGAUACUACACGACGAGAAGAUCCAUCAUCAUCAGCAGACCUCCGAUCAAACCAAUUUGGAGUCACUAGUAGGAUGAAAUCUUUUAUUCUGGCAGCAAUGGCAAUGGUAGGAUGGUUGCCAAGGGGUCAGGAGGAGGGACGAAGUGCUGUUUUGGGUCCCACUAAUGCUUUCAGCAUGGGGUCUAUGGAACCUAAUAUAAUUUUGGAUAUGGAGUCGGAUGAGGGUCCUACUCAACAAGAAGAUCCAUUGCCGGCAGCAGACCUCCAACCAAACCAAUCUCUGCUCACAAGUAGGAUUAAAUCUUUUAUCCAUGCUGCAAUGACAUUGGUAGGAUGGUUGCCGAGAGGUCAGGAGGAGGAACGGAUCGUUGUUCUGGGUGCCGCCAGUGCUUUCAGCCGGGAGUCUGUGGAACCUGAUAUGAUUUUGAUUGGCGUGCCCAUUAAAGUAAUAGCAAGAGAACAACCUGUCACAAGCAUGAGUAAAUCUGCUAUUCAAGUAGCAAUGGCAGUGGCAUUAGUGGGAGCAAGCUUCACUGUCAUGCUGGCUGUGCCUGGAGGUGUGAAUGACUCAGGAACUGCUGUUCUGGGUGACACCAUUGCACUCAAUGUAUUCUUUGUCAUGGACACUUUAGCUUUGCAUGCUUCAUUGACAGUUGGUAUGAUGGUGGCCACUAUGUCGCAAAUAUCUUCAAAGGUUGAGUACCUCAUCUGCAUCACUUUAUGGGUAGCUGCAGUGUGCUUCAUUUUGGCUUUUCAUGCUGCGGCAUAUGUGGUGAUGUUUCCAGACCUUAGGUGGAUCGUGCUAAUUUCUGGUGGUAUAGUUGCCAUACCGUUGGCACUGCUAUCAAUAUUUCAUCUUUCCACUAUGUUCUACUGAGUUUUUGGGACCAGUACAGCAGGGAACAGAGACGCUUUUCUAGAAUUAACCAAUUAAUUUUUCUAAUCUUACAUUUGAAUGAUUUUCACAUACGUACAUGGUACUGUAAUAUUUUAACUUCAAUAUUUUAUUCACAAAUGAUUUCUUCUAUUUUUGUAA